UUCUGUUACCUUCAGAUGAAGGUCCUAACCCUCCUGAACAAUUUACUGCUGUCAAGCUGUCAGACACAAGCUGCCUAUUUGCAGGAAAAGAUCAGUUGCAACAGAAUUGCUCUAAAAUCAGGCUAUGGCAAAUACCUUGGUAUCAAUUCGGAUGGGCUGGUUAUUGGACGUUCGGACGCAAUUGGUUCAAGGGAGCAGUGGGAACCGGUCUUUCAAGAGGCAAGUGACUUCGAACAGCAGUUGAUUCUAGCAGAUGAUGCAUUGGGGAAAAUUGCUCUGUUAGCAGCUAAUAGCUGCUUUAUCAGAUGUAAUGAGGAAGGUGAUAUAGAAGCCAAAAGUAAAACUGCAGGUGAUGAGGAAAUUAUUAAGAUCAGAACAUGUGCGGAAAGAGAGGCCAAGCAAAAAGAUGACAUUCCUGAAGAAGACAAAGGAAAUGUGAAGCAGUGUGAAAUCAACUAUGUAAAGAAAUUCCAGAGUUUUCAAGACCGCAAACUCAAAGUAAGCCAGGAAGACAGUAAAGCCCUCAAAAAAGCUAGGAAAGAAGGCACUUUUCAUGAGACUUUGUUGGACAGGAGAGCAAAAUUGAAAGCUGAUCGAUACUGCAAAAUAACCUAAAGAGUCACGGAUUCCCUUUGCUUCCUUUAUUAGUGGCCUGUGUGUGCAUGUGAAUAUUCUGAGUAAAAAACAUUUUGGUGGAGUAUAAUUAAAACUUAAGAUUUUUUUUCUUUCUGAAGUCAAGUGUUUUUUUUAAAUAAAAAAGUAAAAAUGCUAUCUACAAA